CCGGGAUUCCACACAGGAAGGUCACACCAUCCCUCACCAUCAUCAGCCUGAAGAACUUGUAGAUAUGAAUGAUGGAACUAAAAAGGAAGAAGGAAAGACGAAUGUGAAGGAUGAUCAGCUUUCUACGGCGGAGGUUGAGAUGAUAAGAACGAUUAAACAGGAGAAACCUUUCCUAGAUAUCAGUCUAGGUGAUGUCCAGAAUGGCGCAGUGGUAGAUCAUAAAGCAGAAGAUGAAGGCGUCACACAAUGUUCUCCAGGACAGAACACCAACGAGCAAAAUCUACACUGUGCAUAUUCCUGUGCUGAGAGCACAAUGGAUCCCUCUAAUUUCGAGAAAUCGCAGACAUCGUCUUCAAUUCUUUCCAAUGGCGAUACAAAACCAAAUCCCUCCAAAGUUGAGAAAUCUCUUCCAACAUUUUCCGAUGCAGAUACAAGAUCCGAUCCCUCAAAGUCUGAGAAAUCACCUUCCAUUGCUGAUCCAAUACCUGAAUCCUCCAAACCUGAGAUAUGGAAUCCAAUGGGUGGUGAUGAAAUUCCCGAUCCCUCCAAACCUGAGAUAUGGAAUCCAAUGGGUGGUGAUGAAAUUCCCGAUCCCUCCAAACCUGAGAAAUGGAAUCCAAUGGGUGGUGAUGAAAUUCCCGAUCCCUCCAAACCUGAGAUAUGGAAUCCAAUGGGUGGUGAUGAAAUUCCCGAUCCUUCCAAGAAAUCCCAUCCAAAUGUUUCCAGUGCCGAUAAUUCACCGGAUCAAUCUAAUCCUGGGGAAUCGUUGCCUAUCGGUAAACCCAAAGCUGAUAAGCCAUAUAAAUGUUCUAAAUGCGAUCGAUGGUUUGGAAUGAAGGCAAACCUUGCGAGACAUCAGAGCAUGCACAAAGAGAAGGUUCCCCUUACACGUGAGGAGGUCUGGAAUACGGUCAAAGUGCGCCCUUUCUCCUGCCCGGAGUGCGGGAAACGUUUUGCGCGCAAAGGAAAUCUUCUCAAGCACCAGAAGAUCUGUAAAGGCAAGCACGUUUAUCCUUGCUCUGAGUGCGGGAAAAGCUUUAUUCACCACGCGGAACUUCUUAAACAUCAGAGAACUCACACAGGAGAGCGCCCCUUUACCUGCACCGACUGCGGGAAGGGUUUUGCUCAGAAAGUAACUCUGGAUGCCCAUCGAAGGCUGCACACGGGGGAGCGCCCUUUUUCAUGUUCAGAGUGCGGGAAAUGUUUCAGUGGAAGAGGAAACCUUGCGAAACAUCAGAGAGUCCACACAGGGGAGAAGCCUUACUCGUGCUCGGAGUGCGAUCGGUCUUUCACACAGAAAGGAGAACUUGUUAGGCACCAGACAACCCACACGGGAGAACGUCCUUAUUCGUGCCCCGAGUGCGGGAGGCGUUUCCCCUAUAAAGGGAUACUAAAUGUACACCUGAGGCGCCACAAAGGCGAGCGCCCUUAUUUGUGUUCGGAGUGCGGGAGAUGUUUCUCUGAGAAGGGAAACCUCCUUAUGCACAUUAAAAGGCAUCAGGGCGAGCGUCCUUUCCCAUGUCCGGAUUGCGGGAGAGCUUUCUCUCUCAAAAGUGACCUCGUGAGACACCACCUUCGAAAACACACCGACACAUGAACUGUUUGCAGAGUGCGGAGAAUGUUUCACUCACAAAAGAGACCUUCUUGAAGCUGGACUCCAGCCUUGGCUUCAAACAAAAACUGAAUUUCUCAUCGUUCGAGACAGUCGCUAAAAGUCUCAAGAUAUUUUUAAUAAAAUGUAAGAUAUUUUAU